AUGUCGAGAGAAGUCAUUGUUAGCGUUGCCCACCAGCUCAAACAAACCUGGCGACGACCCUUCAUAGAAACGCCCAAUGCUAAUGCUUCACCGUGUAUUACUUAUUCACAUUUUCAAUUCAGUUUGAAAUAUCGCCAAGCCAGACGUACGUUUCGUCUCUCACGAGACUCGUCAGUAGCCUGCCGAAUAAGGUUUAAGAUAACACAACUCAAUUAUUGUAACCAAGAAACUCAAAUUGAGGUGUCUCGACCAAUAGGUAAGAACAUCUCGUUGUUACAAGGUUUAAGAACCCAUUCAGUCGCAAGAGGUAUUAUCAGUGGCGUUCCUAGGGCCUUUGAGGCCUGGGCGGAAAUAUUUGAUGCCUUUCAUAAAUAA